AUGCUAAAGCUUCUUAUCAAGUUAAGUGCCCUGUGCAUUGGACUCAGUCAUGCGACGUCAACUACAUGUCAAAAAUUGCAACAAACACAGCUGACGUCGCUCAACGAAAGAAUGAACCAGAUGAUCGAAGCACUUUAUUCUUCAUUACUUUCGAAGCCGAAAUCAUCAAGCUCAGAAACAGAAAGCAGUUCAGAAUCGGCAACGGGACUUAAUUAUUCUCCAAGUACAGUUUCCUACGAAACGGCAUAUUAUCCACAAGCGUAUUCAAUGCCAGUGACUGCUGCACCGCAAUACAUAUAUUACUCACCAUCUCAGCCUCCAGUGCCAACAGCAUUACCAUUUGCACCACCUUUGUUACCUAAUCCUCCAAUGCCCCUGCCUCCACCGCCCCUCCCAAAUUCCUACUACUCAUUGCCUUCAGAACCGCCAGUCCCGUCCCUGGAGUAUCCAUAUUCAUUAAAAACAGGACACGCAUGGCCAUCAAUCUACUCCUAUGAGCAGUACUCGUAUCCCCAACUACCGUACUCACCACCCGGGUUAUACUCGCCACCCUCACCGCCUGUAUCACAUUCACCGCCGCAGUAUUCACAUCCCACACCUCCACGGUCAUACGAAUACAAGUUUUAUCCCACUGAAUAUCCACCACCUUCCAGUCCUCCCAGACCUUAUCAACCAGUUCCAUCUCCACCUCAUUAUGCUCCAUUACCUGAAUAUCCUACACCUCCUCCGGCCCACUCAUACUCUAAUCCACAAUACCCAGGCUAUCCGAUAUACUCAUACUGA